AAAUAUGCCAUUCUAUCUCAUCGAUGGCUGGAUUCGGGAGAGCCAACGUACGAAGAGAUGAAGGCGGGCACAGUAGCAGGUCCGGGAUACGAGAAGCUGAAGAAUUUCUGCAGAGAGGCCAGGCAAUACGACGUGGAAUUUGCGUGGUCAGAUACCUGCUGUAUCGACAAGAGCAGCAGUACCGAGCUGGACGAGUCGAUUCGCUCCAUGUUCCGGUGGUAUCGUAACUCGGAGAUUUGCAUCGUCCAUUUAGCAAAAAGCACGACCAUCGAGGACAUAUUACUUGAUGAAUGGACGGAAAGGGGCUGGACAUUGCAAGAACUCCUUGCACCCUUCUAUAUCAAAUUCUUCAAUAAGCACUGGAGGCCUAUGACAAAUGACUCAAAUGACAAACGAAAGGAGGCAACCACCGAAAUACUGCAGACUCUUGAGAAAGCCACUGGCAUUCCUCAUCGGGAGAUCUACUGGCAGUUCAGUCCAGGCCCGUCCAAGGUGGAUGAACGGAUGACAUGGGCAGCCAGACGCAAAACAACGAGGGUUGAAGACGUAGCGUAUUCUCUUAUGGGUAUUUUCGACGUCAGCCUGCAGAUCGCAUAUGGAGAAGGAGGGGACCGCGCAUUCUGCAGGCUCGUCGAAGCCAUCAUGCAAGUUGGUGACCCUUCCGUCCUCAACUGGAAGGGUGCGGCUGCAAAACAUCACACUUCAGAUGCUAUCCCUCGAUCGCCGAGGAGCUUCCUGGAUCGUCGAGAGUUGAAGUUGGCUAGUGGUGGCCGACUGGAGAUGACUAUGACCGGUCUCGGCUUGCGAAUG